GACCUCCCGCGCGCCCCACACCCGGCCCGUAGGCCGCCUCGCCGUGUACCGCGCGCCUCACUCUUUCUCUCUCUCUUUCUCGCGCCGGCCGCCGGGCGGGCGGGCAGGCGCCGGAGACCCCGCCGGGGCUGAGGCUUGGCAAGCGGGCGGUGAGGGCCCGGCUGCGGCCUUCCCGCCAUGUCCUCGGCCCGCGACAACAGCGGCCACUUCCCCUUGCACCUCCUGGUCUGGAACAACGACUACCGGCAGCUGGAGAAGGAGCUGCGGGGCCAGAAUGUGGAGGCUCUGGAUCCACGAGGUCGAACCUUAUUGCACCUUGCUGUUUCUUUGGGACAUUUGGAAUCUGCUAGAGUCUUGCUCCGACAUAAAGCAGAUGUUACAAAAGAAAAUCGUGAGGGAUGGACAGUUUUACAUGAGGCUGUGAGCACCGGUGACCCCGAGAUGGUGUACACCAUUCUUCAACAUCGGGACUACCACAACACAUCCAUGGCCCUUGAAGGAGUUCCUGAGCUGCUCCAGAAGAUUCUUGAGGCUCCGGAUUUCUAUGUGCAGAUGAAAUGGGAAUUCACCAGCUGGGUGCCCUUGGUUUCUAGAAUAUGCCCGAAUGACAUCUGUCGCAUUUGGAAAAGUGGUGCCAAACUACGUGUGGAUAUCACAUUGCUGGGAUUUGAGAACAUGAGCUGGAUAAGAGGGAGGCGUAGUUUUAUAUUUAAGGGAGAAGACAACCGGGCGGAGCUGAUGGAAGUCAACCACGAUGACAGAGUGGUCACCACUGAGCACUUUGACCUUUCCCAGGAAAUGGAGCGCCUCACUCUGGACUUGAUGAAGCCAAAAGGCAGGGAAGUUGAGAGGCGGCUCACAAGCCCAGUCAUUAACACCAGCCUCGAUACUAAAAAUAUUGCUUUUGAAAGAACUAAAUCCGGAUUCUGGGGCUGGAGGACAGAUAAAGCAGAAGUUGUUAAUGGUUACGAAGCAAAGGUUUACACAGUAAACAAUGUGAGUGUGAUAACCAAAAUCCGGACAGAACAUCUGACUGAGGAAGAAAAAAAGAGAUAUAAAGCAGACAGGAACCCGCUGGAAUCUUUGCUGGGAACUGUGGAACACCAGUUUGGUGCUCAAGGGGACCUCACUACGGAAUGUGCCACCGCCAACAACCCCACGGCCAUCACGCCUGAGGAGUACUUUAAUGAAGAGUUUGAUUUGAAGGACCGGGACAUUGGAAGGCCGAAAGAGCUGACGAUUAGAACGCAAAAGUUUAAAGCGAUGCUGUGGAUGUGUGAGGACUUCCCACUCUCUCUUGUGGAGCAGGUCAUUCCCAUCAUUGACCUCAUGGCCCGAACCAGCGCUCAUUUUGCACGGCUGAGAGAUUUCAUCAAACUGGAAUUCCCACCUGGAUUUCCUGUCAAAAUAGAAAUUCCCUUGUUUCAUGUCUUAAAUGCACGGAUUACAUUUGGAAAUGUUAACGGCUGUAGCACUGCUGAAGAAACUGGAUCUCAAAACGUGGAAGGGACCCAGCCUGAUUCAGCUUCCCAGGUUGCAAACUUUGAGGUGGAUCAGUCUGUAUUUGAAAUUCCAGACUCUUACCACGUUCAAGACGAUGGCAGAAAUGUACAUUUACAAGACGAAGAUUAUGAGAUAAUGCAGUUUGCCAUCCAGCAGAGUUUACUGGAGUCCAGCAGGAGCCAGGAACUUUCAGGACCAGCUUCGAAUGGAGGGAUCAGCCAGACACAUGCCUAUGACGCCCAGUAUGAGAGGGCCAUCCAGGAGAGCCUCCUCACCAGCUCAGAAGGCCUGGGCCCCGGGGCCUCAAGUGAGAUGAGCCGUUUUGAUAGCGACUUGCAGCUGGCCAUGGAGCUCUCUGCCAAAGAGCUGGAGGAGCGGGAGCUCCGGCUCCGGGAGGAGGAGGAGGAGCUCCAGCAAGUCUUACAGCUGUCUCUCACUGAGAAAUAGACCUUCCUGCUCACGGGCUGCACAAAGCAGAGGUUCUGGGCUGCAUGCAAGUGCGGCGUUGCCAGUGCCCCGGGGCCGAGGGACUGCACCUCGCAUGGAUGCGGCCCACAGCAGCUGCCCUUCCUUUCCACAGAGGUGCCAGACCAGGGGCUCCCAGGCCCAUCCCCGACACUCCCCCGGGGAGGGGCUGGGGACCCUCAGGCCCCAUCUCCAGGCUAAGGGGAGGAUAGCAUCGGCACUUUCCAUUGGCUGUGUUGGCUUGCAGGUCACGUUUUUACUACCAGCUUUAGACAAAAACCCCAAUCCCCGCAAGUUUGUAGAUUAAUUUUUAUCAAGGAGUGAUAACAAG